CUACUCGUGCCACGCCCCACUUAUAAGGAACGACUUUGGUCGCACCUCAUACAGAGGUGCUCGACACCCAAAUGCGCAGACCACCAAAAUGCGCCAUUUUUCGACCAUCGCGACAACUUUCUACAAUGGCACGGCCCCCCAAUAAGCUGAAGACGCCUGAACGCGUCCAGGCGUUACAGCAAGCAAUAGCAUACAUGAGGAACAACCCUCGAGCUCAUAUUACCAAAGUUGCACGAGAAUUUGGUGUUCAAAGAGAUGCUCUACGAAGACGCGUCAAUAACGAAGUGAACGACAAUCGACGGCAUGCAUCCAACAAACGUCUCUGCGAAGCAGAGGAGGUCGCUUUAGAGCGCUACAUCGACCGUCUCGAUAAUUGCAACUUAUCGGCACGAGUCCGCUUCGUUACUGAUGCUGCAAACACCAUUAUCGCUGCGAGGUCGUCGCGUUCUCAACCCCCCCCAACCAGUCGGUCAGAAUUGGGCUACCCGAUUUCUCGACCGCCAUAACAUCUCGAGGCGACGUCAAAAGACCCUCGAUGCGAACCGAGCCUCUGCAGAGAACGUCGAUAAGGUUGUAGAGUACUUCAAUAAACUCAAGCAGGUCCUCGACGCAGAGGGGUUCCAGCCUGAAGAUAUCUGGAAUAUGGACGAGACCGGCUUCCGCAUCGGCAUCGGGAAAGAUCAACUGGUUGUUACAAAGAAGGCUCAAUCCGACGAUUGCCUCAUCGGCGUACCAGAGAACAGAGAGUCAGCUACAGCAAUUGAGGCUGUCUCUGCAGCAGGAGCCUACAUCCCGACGUUCCUCAUCAUGACCGGGAUCACCCAUAUGGCACUCUGGUACCUCACUCCGGAGCUCCACGAGGAUACCUCUAUUACGUUGAUGGAGACGGGCUACACGAACGACAAGAUCUCUCUUGCCUGGAUAAAGCACUUCGAACACCAUACAAGGAAACGUUCUCUAGGCCAUAAACGACUGCUUAUCGUUGACGGCCACGGAUCGCACC